AUGUCGAUGUCUGCGAUGGAGAGUAUCCUUUUCACGAAUGAAACUCGUGCGAAAUAUCAUUUUGUAAUUCUUGGAUUUGCCGUCAAGGAACUCGAGAGACAGUCGAAGAAGUCUGAGAAGGAAGAGAAAGCUGAAAAGUUGAAAUUGAAGAAAGCCAUCGAGAAGAAUAACAUGGAUGUUGCUCGCAUUCAUGCCGAAAAUGCCGUGAGACAGAAGAAUCAAAGCUUGAACUAUCUGCGAAUGUCAGCGAGGGUUGAUGCCGUUGCGUCCCGCGUUCAGUCAGCCUUGACAACCCAAAGGGUCACGAAAUCGAUGGCAGGGGUCGUAAAAGCAAUGGAUUCCGCAAUGAAGUCGAUGAACUUGGAGAAAAUUUCUGGUCUGAUGGACAAAUUCGAGAAAGACUUCGAAGAUUUGGACGUUCAAACUUCGUAUAUGGACCAAGCCAUGUCUCAAACUACGACGACGUCUGUUCCGCAGGCUGAUGUGGACUUAUUGAUGCAAAAGACUGCCGAGGAGGCUGGGUUGGACUUGAACCUGGAAUUACCUACGGCUGGUACCGUCGGGGUCUCCACGCAAGCUUCCGCUGAGCAGGAUGAAUUAUCGCAGCGUCUCGCGAAACUUCGAGGAGUGUGACCAUGAGGAAGCGAAUGGCAGUGAUUUGCCAAUUAGGGAUUUUUUCCUAAAUAAUCAUGAUGGCGGUUAACCUCAGCUGUCUCGGAUUGCGUAUCGUUUGCAAGAAACGGAUUUUUUUUAUUAUUGAUCGGUCAACAUUACCAUUUCUGUCGAGAUUUUUCGAAUUGCACAUGAAGCCUUCUUAUGUGA